UAUUAUUAGGGUCAAAAAUUGAAAUUUCCCCUACAAUAUAGUAACAUAACCACGAUUUUUAACAAUAUGAACUUUAUGCAAAAAAAAAAAAAAUUAAUAUAUAAUCAUAAAAAACGAAACCCUAAACCCUCCAUCACAGCCGCCUCUCUCCACAUUUCUCACCCUCUCCUUUUCUCUCUUCACUUCGCCGGCCGGUCCGGUCCGGUCGUCCACAACUCUGGUCCUUCUUCCUUUUCUUCAUCACUAACUGAUCGGACAGUAGGAAUUCCGUUUUAACUAUAGACCGUUGGGUUGUCGAACUUCUGCGCUUCAUUCACAGCAUUGAAAGCCAUACAAGAAAUACUCAAAUGUCUUUUAUUGUGAAAGUCCCAACAAGCACUGUUGGAAUAUAUAGUGAAACCAACCAAUGGAUGAAAGUGCGGAAUCAUAGUCGAAUUUCGUCAUUAGCUAUGAGACCACGUGCUUCAAUGGCUGCACCGAAAAUUCAGCCACUGAGUAAAUCUGUCUCUAACAUUCAAAUCAUGGUAAAUGGUUGUACUGGAAAAAUGGGUCAGGCUGUUAUUAAUGCAGCAGAUUCUGCUGGUCUUAACAUUGUUCCUGUAUCAUUUGGCUCUGAAGAAGAGUCUGGGACGAUUGUGCAAGUUUGUGGGAAGGAUAUCACGGUGCAAGGCCCUUCUAAAAGAGAAAGCACUCUGGCCUCUCUUUAUACUGAGUAUCCAAAUUUGAUUGUUGUGGAUUACACUGUGCCUGCAGCAGUCAAUGAUAAUGCAGAGCUAUAUUCCAGUGUCGGGGUGCCAUUUGUGAUGGGAACCACUGGUGGAGACAGGGAUCGUUUAUAUAAGACUGUUGAUGAGUCCAAAAUUUAUGCAGUUAUAUCUCCACAAAUGGGAAAACAGGUUGUUGCAUUUCUUGCAGCCAUGGAAAUUAUGGCUGAGCAAUUUCCUGGUGCUUUCUCUGGUUACUCUCUACAGGUGAUGGAAUCCCAUCAAUCCAGCAAGGUUGACACUUCAGGAACUGCCAAAGCUGUCAUUUCAUGCUUCCAAAAAUUGGGGGUUUCUUUUGACAUGGAUCAGGUACAACUCAUUAGAGAUCCAAAGCUACAGAGAGAGAUGGUUGGAGUCCCGGAGGAGCAUUUGUCUGGCCAUGCAUUUCAUAUGUACCAUCUGACUUCACCCGAUGAAACAGUUUCUUUUGAGUUUCAACACAACGUUUGUGGACGAUCAAUAUAUGCUGAGGGAACUGUCGAUGCUGUGCUCUUUCUCGCCAAGAAGAUUCAAUCAAAGGCAGAGAAGCGGAUUUACGACAUGAUUGAUGUCUUACGAGAGGGCAACAUGCGUUGAACUCGUAUCUCGGCCAGUGAGGAGAUGUAGGCGGAACUCGGGGUUGGUAGUAAUAAUGAUUAGCAAAUUUUGUAACUUGUCUAGUUUUUGUUAAUAUUCUUAUUUCUAGCUGUGCUUUCUGAUUAAAUUUAGUUUAUGGUUAAAAGAGAAUAUUAACUUCGUUAUGAGAAGUAAUCAAAGGUUGGAAUAUUCUUGAAACCUUAACCAUGGAAUGACACACUGAAGCUGGGCACAGUUGAGAGUUGAGACCAAGUUAGACCUUUGACCUUUUUAAAGGAUAUAAUAAAUCAAUUUUUAUUUUGGUAGAA